UGAAGGAGGUGAAGUUGGGGGAAGUGGUUUCUGCUUCUGUUCUGUGUCUCACUCCUGCCCAUCUGAUUCCCCUCUCAUCACCUGGAGCCUCUCCAGAACACCCAGUGUCCAAUCACAACAGCUGACCGACAGCCAGUGAGAAGUGAUGUCAUCCCUGACAUUUACUCCCAGCAUCACUGAUCACAACCAGUCUCUGGUCUGCACAGCAGAACACAGAGGAGGGAAGACAGUGAAAAGGUCCAAAACUCUCAAUGUCAAAUAUGCCCCAGUGGAUGUGAAGGUUGAGGAAGUGUCCAGUGUGAAGGAAGGAGACUCUGUAGAGCUGAGAUGCUCCAGUGACAGUAACCCUGCAGCCCACAGCUACAGAUGGCAGAACAGCAGAGGACCUCUGCCCACCACGGGACCUACCAUCACACUGGAGAAUGUGACCAGACUCACUGAAGCCCUCUACUGCACUGACAUCAACACAGAGGGACAAGGCCACUCCAGCUCACUGAAGCUCAAUGUAGAGUGUAAGUAG